AUGGCCUCAUCACCAACCUCGCCGAAGGAUAUCAGCUUUUCCUUCGAGAAAAGGAACCCCUUCCUCAACUACGAUGUCAGCAGCAGUGAGAGUGAGGUCGAUGAGUCGAUCCUCCGGCCGCGCGGCAAGCUUGCGUCUAUGAUGCAAGUUCGCGGGCAGCAGAAGGAUACGGCUAUGGAAGAAGACGAUGAAGAAGAUGAGGAUAUUGUCAUAGCGUUUAGGAAGCCGAAACCCGCGCAGAAGGCGGCGAGUACCGAAGAGCAACAGCAGCAAAAGGAGAAGCAUGGCGAUAUUGAGAGGGAUGAAGACGAGGAUGUCGUCGUCACGUCCCGGCCGAGGAAGCUCCUCUCUCGCCGUCAGCGCACUAGUGCUUCUCCCGAGCCCCAAUCCCCUCAGAAAAAAUUCACCAUCAACGAUGACCGAGCCGUCACCAACAGUCCUCCCUCACGAGCCUCCUCCCCCGGCUUGUUCGUCUCCCCUUCUCGUCCAUCCCGCGUCGGCACCCCCUCUCGCACCCAAGACAACGACAACGACAACGACAACGACAACGACAACGACAACGACAACGCCGACGACAGCGACAGCUCCCUCCCCAGCCCCUCGGCCCUGACGAAAAACCCGCGCUUUCAAGCGCUGGUCGCCAAGAAGCGCGCCGAGCGUUUGGCUAGGGAGGCAGAAGAGGCUGCGAAAAAAGCCUCCGCCCAGCGUCAUCAACAACAAAAACAAAACCCCCAGUAUGGGGAUGAAGAAGAUGAAGAAAACUACGACGAUAUCACCGACGAUGAGGGCGGUCGGACACUCACUCAGAAGUCUAGCCGGGGGAGAGGGCAGCGGAAAGCGAGCAAGAAGGCCAUGGAGGAAAUGUCCCGCGAGACGCAGCGCCUGGCACGGAGUAUGCAGCUCGUGCACGAGGCGAAGGUAAAGAAAAAGAUCAGUAAGGGGGUGUUGUUUGAGAGGUUUGGGUUUAGGCCUGAUGACGCCCAAACAUCGAAUGUGAAGGAAGCUGAGCCGCACACUCAACAGCAGCAGCAGCACCAGAUAGAGGGCGUUGCUUCGUCGAGCAGGGCUGCUUCCCCGGCUGAGGGGGCCAGGUUGAGUACCAGUGACGCGGAGAUGAGGGAUGCAAACGGGGAGGAAGAUACGCCGCCUAGUUCGCCGCCGGAGGUUGGGGAGCCUACUGAGGAAAAGGAGGGUAAGGGAGCUGCUGUGCAGCUCGAUGAGGGGAGUGACGAUUCGGACGAAGAGUUCCCCGAGGAUCCGGAAGCGAUUCUUCAACAAAGGAAGAAGCUCAACAAAGGCAAGGGGAAAGCAACAGCCGUGGAUCUGAAGGCCAAAGAAGCGGCGGAGGUGGCCAAACGGACCCCUGCUAAACGCCAGAUUCGAGUUAAGUUGCCCAUACUCCAAGCUAAUACUGCCCAUACGUCAGCCAUCACGAUCGAUGAUGACGAUGACGACGACGACCUCCAAAUCCAACCCCCUCAUCCCAACCCCCGCGUCUCCGACCUCUUCUCCCGCGUCCCCAUCAACCAAGCCAAACACCCACGCCCCCUCCAAAUGCUGCGCUUGCUCGCCCAACUCGAUGACCCAGACAAGAAACACCCCGCGGCAAACAUUCCUCCGGCCAAGCAAGCCCAGCAACCCCCGCCCAUGACAGCUUCCGAGUUGUCAGCUACCCUCCUCCAGCGCGCGAGACAGCAAGCCAAGGCUGAAAGGGACAGACACCUGGAGGAGCUCAGGGCAAGGGGAAUCCAUGUGCAAACGGCAGAGGAGAGGGAGAAGGAGGAGCAAGAGGUGGAGGAUUUGGUAGAGAAGGCGAGGAGGCAGGCGGAGGAAAUUAUGAGGAAGGAAAAGAGGGAACGGAGGAAGAACGGGGAGAAUGAAGAGGAGGAUCCGCCUGGGUGGGAUAGUGAAGAGGAAGAGGAAGAAGAGGAGGGGGAGAAGGAGAAGGAGAUUGAGUUAUCUGGGGAGGAGGAAGAUGAUGAAAGUUUGGUUGAGGAGGAAGCUGAGAAGGAAGAGGAGUCUAAACAGCCUGCUGGUGAAGACGCCGAAAAGGCAGACCCUGACUCCGACGAAGAAAUCCUCCCUACCGCCCGGCGCAAACUUCGCAAGCCCAAAGCCAAAACUACCACCGCUGUCCUCUCCUCCGACGAUGAAGAUGGCUCCUCAUCCCUCGUCAAAGCAACACCGCAACCCAACAAGACGAUCAAAUCCCCCGUCAACAACACGGCCACUACCUCCCCCGCCAUCCCAACCUCUGUUCUCCGCUCCGCCCGCAAGCCCUUCAUCCCCGGCCUGCCUGUCUCGGGCCCGGCGGGCAUGGGUCUGACGCAGAUCUUUAUGGGCACCAUGGACGACAGCCAGGAGGGGACGCCGGCGCCGCCGCUCUCUCCUUCGCAGCCUAAGCCGACGUUUGAUGUCGCCGACUUCGCGGAUAGCAACUUCUCUCAAAGAGUCAGUCGGCAGGAGGAUGAAGACAUGAUUCUGGAUAGUCAGCCUACCAUCAGAAGGGGUGCUGAAGAAGAAGAGACGCAAGGCGUGCAGCUGGACUUCAAGCCCGCUACCCAAGUGCACGGGUUCGAGUCCUUCCUGAACCAGUCGCCGGAUGAUGAUGACGAGAUGAUUGAUCCCACGCAGGACCAGGGCUUCAGCAAGCUGCCGAAGCUGAAGCAGCGGUUUGUCGAGGUCGGCGCGGCGGAGGGAUUGACACAGGAGAGUGUGAUCAACACCCAGGAGGAGGAUGGCCGCGUGCAUAGCAGUCCGCUCGUGAGGAGAACCACGGGCAAACUCUUCCGGCGGGGCGAAUUCCCGCCCUCGACGCAGCCCGAUGACGAAGAGGAAGAAGAUGAGUUCGGCUUCGGCACGAAGAAGGCGGAUGCGUUCGCUGCCAUGAAGGAGGCUGCUCUGAAGAAAAAGAAGAAAUUUGACAAGAAAAAGAGCAAAGCUCGUGAAAUGAUCGAGGAGCAAGCCGAGGAGUCCGAAGACGAGUACGCCGGGCUGGGCGGCGCCGACGAUGAAGUCAGCACGGACGAGGACGAUGCGCGGGAUGUGCAGGACAUGAUUGAUGAUGAUACGAGGGAGACAGAGGAAGAUGGGAGGAGGUUGGCUGCUUUUUAUGCUGACCGCGAACGCCGCGCCGACGAAGCUCAAGUCAACAAGCUAUUCCACGACAUCACGACUGGUAUGUUGCGCAGGAAGCGUGCCGCCGGCGACUGGGAUGACCUGGACGAUUCCGAUGAUGACGAGGCCCGUCGUCGCCGCAUGAAGAGAAGGCAGUUUGCCAAGAUGCAGCGCGCGCUGUUUGCCGAUGAGAGAAUCAGCAAGGUUGCUGCCAACCCGCGGAAUCAGGCUUUCUUGCGCACCAUCGAGGAUAGAGACUCAGAUGAGGAGAUGGACUUCCUGUUCGCUCCGACCCCCGCGCCCGUGGCUGGUGUUGCAAGGCUAGAGAGGCAGGAUUCAGGCAUGGCUGUUGACGGGGAGGACGAAGAUGACGUCGUACCAGACAGCCAGCCUUUGCCAGCAACAAACCAACCCAAGCCCACCGUUGUGACGACGACGAACCCCCGCCGGACAAAGCCCAUCACCAAACGCCCGUCUACCCUAGCCGAAAUCCGCCAAACCCUCUCCUCCCUCCUCGAAGAUGACCAACACCUCCGCACGUCUUCAUCCAUCAUCCCCGAGACGGAACUCGCUUCCUCGAGUGAACUUGAGGACAAUGGUGACACCGUUUCUGAGUCUCGUCCCACGUCGAGCAGCGGCAGUAACAAAGAGAACCUCCCCUCUCGCCGGACGAAACCUGGCUCCGGCUCCAGCGCAAUCGUCGACCGCCUCUCCCUCAAACGCCAAUCCUCUUCCAACAGCUCAACCUCCCGCCAAGCCUUCACCACCACUUCUGGGUCUCCCACCAGAGGACCCAAAGUCCCAACUCUCCUCCGUCGCGCCACCACCAACUCCCUUCUCUCCAAUUCCGCCACCAACUCCUCCUCUUCUAGCACUGGCACUACCUUCAUCGGAGUCACUACCAACCCCAACGCAACCACUUCCGCUAGUAAAUUGUUCGCUGCAGGAGCAGGGGACAUGAAAAUCAAGAAAGUGGCUGGCAAGCGCUCUGGCGUGAGUUAUCUCGCCCGAGAAAAUGAGAGACGAGCCGCGCUGGCGGAGGCAGAGCGCAGGAGGGAGGAGAGGAAGGUGGUCAGGGGGAUGGAAGGAAGGGUAGAGGUUGUUAGGGGGGUGUUAGGGAGGGGUAGUUUCGAAUGA